GAUUAUACUUAGUUCCCGCAGACCCCACUCCGUCAUUAGCAGAGAAGCUCUGCUCACACACCACCCUCCGAAAUGGAGCUGGCUGGGAGCUCCACACACCUCGUCUGAAGGAGCUGGAUGCCUUCUGGAUCAAACAUGAACGACCUGCUGAAGGUGCCCCUGGUCCAUGUCCUCACCCUGGCAGCCCUCAGCGUGGCCGAGACUCUCCCAAAAGCUCCCUUGAUCAGCACGCCUCUGGAAACUGUGGAUGCACUGGUAGAGGACGUCGCCAAGUUUGUCUGCGUAGUGGAGUCGUACCCUGAGCCAGAGAUUACGUGGACACGUAACAGCAUUCCCAUCAGGCUGUUUGACACUCGGUACAGCAUCCAAAGGAACGGGCAGCUCCUGACCAUUCUGAGCGUGGAGGACAGUGAUGAUGGGGUCUAUUGCUGCACAGCGGACAACGGGGUUGGAGCGGCCGUGCAGAGCUGCGGGGCUCUACAAGUGAAAAUGCGACCCAAAAUAACCCGACCACCUAUAAAUGUGGAAAUAAUAGAAGGGUUAAAGGCUGUUCUUCCAUGCACUACUGUGGGGAAUCCAAAGCCUUCAGUUUCAUGGAUCAAAGGAGAAAUGGUUGUAAAGGAGAACGCUCGCAUUGCUGUCCUUGAUUCAGGGAAUUUAAGGAUCCACAACGUUCAGAGAGAAGAUGCAGGACAAUAUCGGUGUGUAGCAAGGAACAGCCUGGGCACAGCCUAUUCAAAACCUGCAACAGUGGUUGUGGAAGUUUUUGCCAGAAUCCUGAAGGCUCCCGAAUCCCAAAAUAUCACCUUUGGGUCUGUGGUGACACUGCGGUGCACAGCGACCGGCCUUCCAGUCCCCACGAUCUCCUGGCUGGAAAAUGGGAAAGCUGUUUCUGCAGGGUCUAUAGUGGAAAGUGUCAAGGACAAACUGGUUGACUCCAGACUGCAGGUGUAUGUCACCCGACCUGGCCUCUUCACUUGCCUCGCCACGAACAAACACAGCAAAGCUUUUGGAGCUGCAAAAGCUGCAGCAACCAUCAGUGUUUCAGGUAUCAAGCUCUACAAGGGGGAUGCAGGCUACUGCAGCACGUACAGAGGUGAGGUGUGUAGUGCUAUCUUGGCAAAGAAUGCUCUUGUUUUCUUCAACUCCUCCUAUGCUGACCCAGAGGAGACCCAAGAGCUGCUUGUCCACACUGCAUGGACUGAACUGAAAAUGGUGAGUUCAUUCUGCCAACCAGCCGCUGAGUCUCUGCUGUGUAACUACAUCUUCCAGGAGUGCAAUCCCUCAGGAGCUGGGCCAGCUCCAAAACCCGUGUGCAGAGAGAAUUGCCUUGCUGUAAAGGAUCUCUACUGCUUUAAGGAAUGGCUCUCAAUGGAGGAAAACUCUCAGAAGGGGAUUUACAAGCCAGGGCUGAUGCUGCUCACCCUUCCUGAAUGCAACAGGCUGCCCAGCCUGCACCAGGACCCCGGCGCCUGCACCCGCAUCCCUUUCUUUGAUUUUAAGAAGGAGAAUAUAACCAGGACUUGCUACAGUGGAAAUGGCCAGUUUUACCAGGGCUGGGCCAACGUCACGGCCUCUGGCAUUCCCUGCCAGAAGUGGAGUGACCAGGCUCCCCACUGGCACAGGAGGACGCCUCAGGUUUUCCCUGAGCUGUCUGAUGCUGAGAAUUACUGCCGCAAUCCAGGAGGCGAGAACGAGCGUCCCUGGUGCUAUACAAAAGACCCAUCCGUGACUUGGGAAUACUGCAGCGUGUCUCCCUGUGAGGACGCAUCAUUAUCACUAGGAACAAGAAAUCCAAAUGGAGAGACUCCAAAUCUUCCUCCUCCUCCUCCCUUUUCCCCCACAUACUCCAUGACUGUUAUCAUCUCAGUCAUCUCCAGCUUUGCUCUGGUUGUGAUUCUCAGCAUUUUCACCCUGGUUUGCUGCCGUCGGCGAAAGCAGUGGAAAAACAAAAAAAGAGAGUCAGAGACACCAACGCUUACCACUCUGCCCUCUGAACUCCUCCUGGACCGGCUGCACCCCAACCCGAUGUACCAGCGGAUGCCCCUUCUCCUCAAUCCAAAAUUGCUCAGCCUGGAGUAUCCCAGGAACAAUAUUGAAUACGUGAGAGAUAUUGGGGAAGGAGCAUUUGGGAGAGUCUUCCAAGCAAGGGCCCCAGGGCUGCUGCCUUACGAGCCUUUCACAAUGGUGGCGGUGAAGAUGCUGAAGGAGGAAGCGUCUGCAGACAUGCAGGCUGAUUUUCAGAGGGAGGCAGCCCUCAUGGCUGAGUUCGACAAUCCGAAUAUUGUCAAGCUUUUAGGUGUGUGUGCUGUUGGGAAACCCAUGUGCCUGCUGUUCGAGUACAUGGCCUACGGGGAUCUCAACGAGUAUCUGCGCGACCGCUCUCCCCGCAACCUCUGCAGCCUGGUGCGCAGCAGCCUGGAGGCGCGGAUCCGCCUGCCCAACCCGUUGGCUCUCUGCUGUACCAGCCAGCUCUGCAUCGCCAAGCAGGUGGCUGCCGGCAUGGCCUACCUCUCCGAGCGCAAGUUUGUCCACCGGGAUUUGGCGACCAGGAACUGCCUGGUUGGGGAGAACAUGGUAGUCAAAAUCGCUGACUUCGGUCUCUCGAGGAACAUGUAUUCAGCCGACUAUUACAAAGCGAAUGAGAAUGAUGCCAUCCCCAUCCGCUGGAUGCCCCCCGAGUCCAUUUUCUACAACCGCUACACUACCGAGUCUGAUGUGUGGGCCUAUGGGGUGGUGCUGUGGGAGAUCUUCUCCUACGGCAUGCAGCCCUACUAUGGGAUGGCUCAUGAGGAGGUCAUCUACUAUGUGAGGGAUGGGAAUGUCCUCUCCUGCCCAGACAAUUGUCCCCUGGAGCUCUACAACCUGAUGCGUCUCUGCUGGAGCAAGCUACCUGCUGACCGGCCAAGCUUUGCCAGCAUCCACCGUAUCUUGGAGCGCAUGUAUGAGAGGGCCGUGGCCACCCCGUCGGUCUGAGGGAUGUGUCCAAGGGGUCCCCUAUGUCCACGUGUCCAGACUGACUCAGACCAACUCAUGGGCUCCCAAGAGGUGGCUCUGUGCAAAGACCUGCUUUAGUGGGAGGAGAAACAGCUUGUUCCUCUGCCAAGCAAGAUGUGUGGACUGCACCUGCCUACGGUGGGAUAUACUUCCCUGAGUGGGUGUGGGACUACACCUUCCAAACAACAGGGCUGACCCCUGGCCACCAGGCCUUGACUCCUUGGGCUGGUGAAGGUCCUGGCCAUGCUAACUCAUUACCUAUAUUAGGCAUUUCCAGGAGUGCAGAGUCCACCAGGGAAAGCAAACCAACAUUUUGCUGGUGGCACUUUCCUUCUUAACAGGUCCUUCCAUGUCCUUCUGCAUUUAUGCUCUUGGCUUUUACCUUUUUCUUCCUUUCAUCAGAUGUUUUCAAGUUUUAUUUAAAAAAAAAAAAAAAGAUUGCAGAAUUCAAUCUUUUUGGGGAUACUUUUUACUAUUUUAUUUUUUGUGUACUUAAGUCAAAACUGGAGCCUGCAGGACCACUGGCAGCUUUCCUCAUCUCAUGUUACAUGGACAAGCAAACACCUGUCAAGCAUCGAGCUAAGCUGGAAGACCACGUUGAGGUUUGUUAAGAUCUCACCCAAAUCUUGCUUCAAGCAUUGCAUCACAUCUUUCCUGCACUUCCCUGCACCAAAGCCUAUUGACGCUAAGGGAGAAAUUAAUCCCAAAGGCCUGAUUGUGUACCUCAUAGGUCUCCAAGGUGUAUUUAUUUGCCUCUGCCUGCAGUACAGUCCUCCCUGUGCUGAGAACAGAGAGAAAUGCAGCUCCUGUUGCAGAAACGUGGUUGGUUGUGUUAAUUAUUUAUCUUGUUUUCCCUUUCUGUCUUUGCCUACUUUUUCUGGUUUUCUUUUCCUGACAGCAGCUCCUAACCCCUGUAAGUCCCACUGCAAUGGUGGUGGCCACCUGACUUUGUGUUGCAGUUUACAGGCACAGAAGUAAGGAAGGUAGACACCUGUCAUCAGUGGCCUUCAGAGACAAUCUAACAGUCAAGAGAGGUGGAAUAAAGGCAAGUUCAGACACCACAUGAAGUGUUGCAGCCUGUCCAUCUACAGGACAAAGGUUAGACUACCCCAGUUACACACUGUUCACAGUCAACCUUAAAACACCAAAUAUUGUUUAUCUGCUGAAAGUUCUCUGGAUUUUAAUGCAUACUCCAGCAUCAGAGAAAAUUGUGUUCCUUUGAGGACAGGUUUCACCUUUUCGUUGGUUGGGCAGCAAGGAGCAGUUGUCCCAGAUCCCCAAUGCUGACAUGAAACCUAGCCAGGGCAGGGAUGUGUGUUAUCCCCCCGGAGCAGGAGAUACAGUGAGUGAGUGGCUGGUGUGGCUUCCAUAACUGGGAUGCACUGGUGAGGUCUAUCUAUCCAAGGAACAGUGGUGGAGAGCAGCCAUCUCUAGGGCUAAGCUUAAGGAUAAGCUUAAAAAGCUCUGCCAACCAUUAUGAAGAACAAGACUGGAGAACAUGUACCUCCCUCUGCUCUUUUUCUGUAAUGUGAGCUAAUGCCUGCUACAACAUAACCUCAUUUCUUCUUCUUCUUUUUUUUUUUUUUUUUUUUACUAAUCUUAGCUCAUUUUGCUUGUGGACAGAAAAGCAUAGUUUAGUGUUUUCAGACUGCUGAUGUCAAUUUCAUUUGAAGCAAAGAGCUUGCAACUAUGCAAGACAGUGGGAGGAAUGAGGAAUCUCUGUUUGGGCUUAGAAACAUUGAAAUGCUAAAAAUGCUUGGAUAUUUGCACAGUGAGCACAAAAUGACCAGUGCUAUCUUACUCAUUCAGCAAUCCUGCCAUCGUGCUACUAUGACACCAUAGUGAGGUCUAGAUACUUAAAAAAAUUCCCCCUUGAGAACCCCUAAAUCCUAAAUUCAAAUAAAACAGUUACUGGAGAUCCUUACUUAGCUACUUACAUUAUGACCACCUCACAGCCCUCAGCAUUAAAUUCUGUUAGGUUUUGUCAGCCACCCGGCUUUCCUCCCUGCUCUGCGGCAGCAGGGGUGCAGAGGCGAGUCUGGAGGGAUGGGGAUGAGCGGCACCCCAUCUGAGCAGAGGUCCCUGCAGCCUCUGCACAGCUGAGUCCCAGAGCACAGCCCAGCAGCUGCCCCACUUCUGUAAUGCAAGGUGCAAAUUCAAGAGCCUUGUGGCGCUCACAGCAGCAGGGGUCUUGUUGCUCCCCUCAGGGAGGGCAGGGUCAGAACUUGUACUCAGGUAUCACCAAGGAAGGGGAGCAAGAAGAAUUUGAAAAACUUGUAUCACAUGCUAAUGUGAGCAAACACACUUGUUUACAGUCCAAAUGAUGGUCUGCCUUUCUGCCUUCUAGCAUCACAGUGCUGGCUUCAGUCACUCGCUCUCAGUUUCCCCCAGCUAGACUUCUUUGAAACGCCAAUUGCAGUUUUCUUCUUGUUUUCACGUGGGUGAAGUUUUAUGCCUAUAAUGUGACAUGCUAUGAAGUUUUCCUCACUUUCUUUUUGAAAGAGAGACUCUCACAAACACAGAAGAGUACCCUAUUCCUUACACUUUUCUAGUCCAAAUCCUUCUCCCAACCAUCCUAUGUUCAGGUCAACAUGGGCCUGCAUUUAUAAGAGUGUGGAAUAUUUAGUUUUCCUUGUCCAGCAUUCCAGCCUUUGCACUAUAAGCAUGCAUUGAACUGUGUGAGACUGAGUGACUGCAGGUCGGGAUGUAAAAUGCUGCCUGUGUAGUAGGAGGAAAGACAUAAUUUCAAGAUGAACUCACAGAGAAGCUCUCUGCCGCAUACUCUCCAAGGACGAUAAUCACGUCUACGUUGUGAUCCAGCAGGAGGGCUUAGCACCUAAAUGGCGAUGUCCUUUGAGGAUUAAAUGGUAGAAAGACCUUCUGCUGCCUUGGCAUAUGACUGGAUUUUACCCUGAGAAUGUCCUCCUUUUGUAUACUUUGCAGCUUGCUAAAAGCUGGAGAUUGAACUUAGUGAUUUGCCUUCUUUCACAGCUUUCUUUUCUCCUCCUUUUGUUUAAGACUUCUGUUUUCUUCAGUGAAUGUUAUAUAGUCUGUUACUCCAGAGAUGUAAAGACUUUUCUGUAUAACUAUUACAUAACUCAAAUAUUUUGAAUGUGAAGAAACAAAAGGAUUGUGAGAGAGUAGAUGAGAAAGGAAAAUUAAUUAGUCAAAAAGUUGAUGGUGAGCAAAAAUAUUUUGUAGUCUCUGGUUUGGGUUUAUAAUUUACACUGAGAAAGAAGACGGACAUUUGGUGCUUCAGUUCUUGUUCCCACUGAUGGCAGAAGGAGCCUUGCAGUCCGUGACACUGGGUGAGAACUCUGAGGAGAAGAUGUGCAGCACGUUUGAUGUACAUAUCCCCUCUGCAAGGGCCCUGCCCAGAGUGUUUGCAGCAUUUAUACUUAUCCUGGAUGACACAAUGUGAAAUCUGAUCCAUCAAACAGCACAGAAACCCUCUCAUGCUCCUGUGACUCUGUUUAACAGUUGCAUUUAAAAUGUCGGUUAAAAGGGUAAAUUCCAUCAUUGAUUGGACACCGCCUGCAACAUGAUCAAGUUUGGUUUAGAGGAACUGCUUCUCAAACACCUUGUGGACUAAACUCAACUGUCUGACUUCCUUUCUCCAAGAUAUGUAAUAGUUAUUAUCAUGUGAUUGUUUGUUAUACAUUUUGUGAAUGGUGGCAUUGAAAGGUAUGGCAAGCAGAGAUGUACAUUUCUCAUUAUCUCAACCUGUGUAACUCAUGUGUGCCAUAUUUUAUAAAAUAAAGACGUAUCAGAAAAA